AUGGCAGCGGACAAGUCUGCCACUGGUGGCAUUGCCACUGUUGAACAGAAUGAGAACCAAAUCGGCCUUCAGCACACCACUACCAUCGAGGAGGGCCCAUUCAAGCCCGCUUACGAAAAGGUGGAUGAGUUUGGUGCCCACGCGAAGACCGAUCCCAAGGAAAUCGCUCUGGUCAGGAAGUUAGACUUGCAUAUCUUGCCCAUCCUAUGGCUCAUGUAUCUUUUCAACUACCUCGAUCGCAAUGCUCUUGUCAACGCGCGACUCAAUGACCUCGAGAAAGAGCUCAACCUGCAGGGUACUCAAUACAAUACCUGUGUGUCGAUUUUGUUCGUCGGAUAUAUUGCGGGCCAGAUCCCAUCUAACAUGGUGUUGAAUCGCGUCCGACCCUCUUGGUACAUGGCUGGCUUCUGCAUGGCUUGGUCCAUCGUGAGCUUGCUUACAUUCCUUGCCAAAGACUACAGCAGCAUGGUAGUUCUUCGUUUCUUCUUGGGAGUGACUGAGGCGCCAUUCUAUCCCGGCGCGCUGUAUCUGAUCAGUUUAUUCUACACGCGAAAGGAAAUCGCCACUCGCAUGUCUUGGUUUUUCACUGCAAACAUGUUGGCAAGUGCCUUUUCGCCUCUUAUCGCAGCCGGCGUGUUUUCAGGGCUUGAUAAAUCUAUGGGUUUGUCGGGAUGGAAAUGGCUAUUCAUCAUUCAGGGUGCUCUGUCCAUCGUCACAGCCGUCCUCGCGUUCUUCAUGCUGCCCGACCACCCUCUAAAGACCCGCUGGUUGGAUGAGGAAGAGAAACAAUACGCCCACAACCGAAUUUGCGUCGAUACUACCGACCUUCGUGAGGGAACGAGCGUCUGGGUUGGUCUCAAGGAGGCCUGCAGCGACUGGCGCAUGUGGGUUCUCUGCCUCAUGUACAACUUCCACUUGUCGUCCAUCAGCUUCCAGAACUUCCUACCCACCGUUAUCGAAACUCUCGGCUAUGGCAGGAUUAUCAGUCUGGUCCUCACCUUCCCCCCUUAUCUCUUCGCUGCGAUCAUGGCUGUCGCUAUGGCGCAUAGCUCGGGGCACUUCAACGAACGAACUUGGCAUAUUACCACUUGCAAAUGCAUCGUCAUCGUUGGUUUUGUGCUCGCCGUCGCAACCCUGAACAUUCCUGCUCGGAUGGUCGGCAUCUUCCUGUUCGUCGGGUUCACUUUCGGAAUCAACAACAUUAUUCUUGGAUGGGUAUCCUCCACACUCGGCCAGACCAACGAGAAGAAGUCCGUUGCGCUCGCCAUCGCCAACUCCCUCGGAAACAUGUCCUCAAUCUACAUGCCAUACAUCUGGCCCAAGUCUGACGGCCCGCGCUAUCUCCCGGCAUGGAUGGCAAGCAUUGCCUUUUCUGCCGGCUGCAUGACUCUCGCAUGGGUGCUCAAGAUUGCUCUCCGCAGACAGAAUAAGAAGAUGAGGGCUGCCAACCCCAACGAGACGAACUUUUACGUCUACUGA